CAAGGGCCUACAUCCAACACUGAGUUUGCAGUUCAUGAUCCAUGGCUUAUCCGUAUCACUUUCCUUUUUACGCUUCCGAGUUCCAUCAAUUUCAUAUGUACUAAGCAAAAUCUUGAAAAACAUUGCGCCUCUCCGAAAGAAAUGUAUCCUGCUGAUGUCCGCAAAAUAUUUUGACCAAAGUGAUUUUGUGAUCGAAGACAAAUUAAAAUGUAAGGAAAGGACCAGAGCGAGAGGGUGCUACUCGACAAAAAAAAUGUUGGUGUUGUCGUUCGCUUAAAAUCGAAAGCUUGAAGAUCUUUUUCGAUCUCGAAGAUCAAGAACAGUCUUCGCAAAAACUUCGCGGCGUGACAUCAAAACCUUUUUGAUAUCUUCACGAACUACAAAUUUUCAUCAGGAAUUGCUACGCCAAAGUAGGUAUGACGGCCACUCAAGAAGCGCUGUUGUAAAAACUGUAACGACAAAGGAUUUUUUUAUUUAGGUACAACAUCGAUUAUUUCAGUAGCUAGGUAGUACUCUGUUUUCGUGCACAAAGAAAGUUCUUCACCGGAAAAAUUGUUGUAUCGUAGCAGGCACAAGAAAACCAUCAAAACCAGAAAGAAGCAGGUAGAAUAUGUACCACGAGAGUGAUUUUCAGUAGACUUUUGACAGGAAAAUAUCCUCUUUGUGAACACCAACACGAAAGAAUCUACCUCCGAAAGCCGACAAAAUGACCGCGGGCAUCGGCAUGGACGGUGACAGUUUAUCAAAAGUAAAAAUGUCUGGGUCUGGAAACUUGUGAUGCUGGGUGGCGUCUCAUGAUGAGGCUACAAAUGCUGGCUCAGCAUGACAAGUUUCUGAGCUCCUAGGUGUUGCCUAUUCUGCAUGACAAACUGCGCUUCUGCAUCACAGAAAAGCGGAGCUCUUGGGUAACGUGCAUGACAGAUUUAAGAGUCAUGCCAGACAAGCAUGACAAACAUGAAUUCUUCCAGACCCAGACAUUUUUACAGUUGAUACAGUUGGCGCGGAAACAACGGGAUGGACGGCUCCUGGCGAGGUGGGGGUGGUUUCAACCCCGGCGCGCAGGAGUUCAACCCGCAGGCGCAGACCUUCAUUCCGAACAUCCAGCACCAGGACCAGCAGCAGUUCGGUGGCCCGCAGAACGGCGGUUUCGGCGGAGGCAUGAACAUGGGCGGGGGAAUGAAUGCUGGAUUCAACAACGGCAUGGGUGGCGGUAACGGGUUCAACAACGGGAUGGGAGGCAACGGCUUUAACAACAACAACAUGAACGGCGGCGGCUUUAACAACAACAUGAACGGCGGCUACGGGGGCGGUAUGAACAACGGAUUUCCGGGUAGCAGUUCCAGUUUCGAGUCCGGUUUCGGCGGCAUGAACGGCGGUAUGAACAAGUACGAUCCGAGUUUCGGCGCCGGAGGGUUCAAUAACGGGUAUGGAGGUGGCUACGGGGGGUUCGGAAAUGGAUACGGUACUGAUUUUUGCACGCUUCUACAAGCUUUUCGCAUAAAUCCAAAAUAGCGAGUGAUUCCCUCCUCGCCAGCUUGUAUUUGCGAUAUGGUAAAAAAUGCAUAUGCUUACAUUAUCAUAUCUCAGGUGGUGGCUUCCAGAUCGGCAACAACGGUUUUGGCGCCAACAUCGAGCGCAUCGACUGGGGGCAGGAAGCCGCGCUCCUCGAGCGAACGGGUAUUCAGAAGAACUUCUACACCGAGCACCCAGACGUCGUUGCGAUGACCGACGAAGAAGCUGAUGAAUUCCGCCGGCAAAACGCCAUUUCCUUCCAGAACUGCUGGGGUCCGAAACCCAUCCGCAUGUUCCACGAGGCGGGAUUCCCCGAAUACAUCAUGAAGGCGAUUGGCGACGCCGGAUUCGAGAAGCCGAGUCCGAUCCAGGCCCAGGGGUGGCCGGUCGCGCUCGGUGGGAACGACAUGAUCGGGAUUGCGGAUACCGGAAGUGGAAAAACGCUAGCGUUUUUGUUACCAGGUAUCAUGAAUGAAGAAAAUUAUUAUCUGUGUUGUAAUUUUCUGUGCAGGUACUCUUCGUCUUCACCUGGGCAUGCGCUUGCGCUGAAUGAGAAAAUCAAAGUUUCAUCCGAAUUAUGCAUUGGAAAACUACGUUCAACAUGAUGUUGCUUCACAUCGUUAACUUCAACGUCAACCCUACAUCAGGUAUGAUCCACAUCAUACGGUAGGGAAAACUGUCCCCACUACCCCGGUUUUCCCCAAAGACAAUUUUUUUUUUUCUAUCCAACUGUAAGCAGGGCGGUCCCUUCGCAAGCGACCUACGCCGCGAAUGACCAGACCGCGACGCCCGCUCCCCCAGGUGUGUUGCUUUAUGGAAUCAAAGAAUUUGCGUAGCUAGUGGCACCCAGUAACUAUUUUAGCAGCCCCUCCAGAAACAUGCGCGCAAUUUCAGAAAGGGCUCCGGGGCUCGGAGUCGAGACUCAGCCUGCCGCCCAGCCUUCAGAGCAGGGCAGCUCGCUGAUGUUCUCUGCGGCCGACCCUCGUGCGCCUCUCUAAUAUUGCUGCCCUGCGCAAAAAGCGACGCGCAUGCGCCAGCAGUUUUUUCGCGCAGGACCCGUUGCGCCGUCCGCGGAACUUGUUGCGCCGCGGGCGCGCCGGUCUACCUGGUUCCCAUGUGGCAAAACCAAGAACCGGGGCGCGCGACCUUCCCACCCGGGGCAGCGGAAAGGAGACAGGCAAACGCGGCAUGGCAACGCUUUGGGCUUGGCGCCCAUCUUGGCUGCCGACCGCCCGCCCUUGCAGGGGAAGGGCUUAUGCAUGGAUGGCACCCCGGCGAAGGGCGUCGCGGUGGUGUUCCCCUGCGUGCGGCCCUUCCACUGGGGAAGGGCGCCGGGGGCACCGUACGGCGCGGCCACUCUGACGCACCCUCUUGGCAUCCCCGGCGCCGCUUCUUUGCGGGCGCCUUGCAAUUGUUUCGGGCCGAUUCCUGCCGCCGCGAAAAUCGCGCCCGGGUGGGUUUUGGAAACGCCCCCGGAUGCCCCCGCCCGCAAUCGCGCCGCCGCUAAUGAAGCGCGCGCCCAUCCCCCUGCCCCGGACCGCCGCCAGGGCGCAGGCCCCCGGCCUCAUAUUAUCCAACCGGUGGCCCAGCGCCCUGCGGCGCGCAUUUUGGCGCUAGUCACUGCUCCCCACCCGCCUUCGCGGGGCCCUUGCGCUUCAGCGGCCGACCCCUGGCACGAAACAAAGACGGGCCGCAUUUUGGGCACGCGAGCAAAAUGAGACCCGAAAGCCCAGCGCCCAGGUGGCCAACGCCAUGGAAGUAUGUUGGGGGGCGACAUGCCUACAAACGGAAAACACAAGCAGCCCCCCUCUAUGUAUGUCGUUGCAACAUAUCCGCACGCAAGCCCUGCGCGCCUGAUGCGUAACACAGUCAAAGCCCCGGGCAGCUAGCCAGCGGGCCGCCCCAACGGUGACCAGGGAGGUGGCCCGGCGCUUUCGAGAAAAGCGCAAACGCAACAACUCGCCCCGCGGGCCUGGCCGGUGCCUGAAAGAAGGCGCCGGCGCUGCCUCGCCGGGCCGAUGGGCCUUGCAUCGGUGUGGCCGGCCCCCUGUCCUCCACGCCGAAAAGCGCAACGCCCGGCCCGCCUUUUUGGGGCGCAAGCAGCUCGGGCCCCGCGAAAUAGUGCACUGGGCAUGGCGCCCGGGACAGACCCGCCUCCCGGCCACCCAAGGCUGAUCGCGAAGCCCCUUGCCGCGGACCUGUCCUCUCCGUCUUGGGGCUUGCCGGCAGCGUUUCCCUGAGUGCAUGCUCGGACACGUUGGCGAGAAAAAAAACGCAUGCUGGGGAUUUCGGUCCUAAGCGGCUAUCUACGCACUUUCGGCCACAAAAACGAGCACCAAAAGCCCCCCGAAAAGGUACGCAUGCACGACCUCCAGGGAAACGGCGACGCCGGGUCCCCAGAAGUUGGGCGCGGCCUUCAAAGCCCGGGGGCCACUUGGGCCAGGGAACGGGGCCAAACCACGACCAUAGGCGGGCCCGCGCGGCCCUGCCCAAACGCUCUGCCGCCGCAUCCGCCGACGCGCCCCUCCUCGCUGCGCGACGCAGACUGCGCGCUCGGGAGCGAGCGCUGGGAAAGCAGAUAAAAGAAGCAACGGGGGCCCCGGCGCCUGUGGUCUAUCAUCCAACCCAAGAAAAAGCGGGCGCCGGCCUUCUGGGGAGGUGCCCACCAUACUCAGCGCAGCCAAGCGGACGAACUUCAGGCGCCGGCUUGGCGAGGUCAUCCGAGUGGCCGGGCCGAUGGUCCAUGCGCAGGCCACCGCCCUGCGUGUGCGGGCGCCCGCACCCCCGUGGCGGCCGUUUCGCAUUUCCCAUGCGGCCACACGCGGGCGGGCGGCGCGGAUGCGUCUUUUUGCGUGGCCCCUUGGCCUGCGCGCGCGUACGGGCCAAGGGGCGAGCCCCCGGCGGGAUGGCGCGGCCCAACGCGUUCGGGGCUUUUCGGUUCGAAGCGCGUCGUGAAUUGCCAGGCCGCUGCAUCUUGCGAGGCCCGCGCCCAAAAAGGUGGCGCCGGCCUGUUGCUCGGCAAGAAUUUGGGCACAUUGCCGGGGGGGGGCUUCGCGGUUUUGUGAAAUUGCGAAACGCGCAGGCGGGCUGCUUUCGGUUUCUGUAUUACGCAAGGGGCGCGGGCCAUCAGCAUGGGGCGCAGGCAGAUCAGUCUGAAAAGGCUCCACCCUGCUCUGCGCAUUCGGCGCCCGCCUCCCGGCCGGGCUUUGUUGUUGGACAGACGCAAGCCCUUGCCCCGCUCUGCCCGCGGCUAGGGGGCGGGCGCCCGAGGAUGCUCCCGCCCCUUAUAGAAGUCAUAUCGGGCCACCAGCUUCCGUGAGUUCUAGCGCGGCCACCAACUGGCUACGGAACGCAAAUCGAAGCGGGUGGGCAUGGUUCGGCGCCGCGUUUCUUCUUUGUUUUCCUGGUCAAAUAUUGCCCAUGCGCGACAGCGUGGCGCCCUACCUUCGCAAGCAACGACAGGGCCACCACGGGAAUGCGCCGCGCGAGACCGAGUUCAAGCAGCUCGGCUGACGACUCCAGGCCGCCGCCCACAGUACAACACGCGCCACAGCAGGUGGGGCUUUAGAUCGCUAAGAGAGUCGCGGCGCCCCGCCCGAGGUAGCAGCGCAGCGCAUGCUUUACCAGCACCGUGCCCGCGACCAAGUAAGCGUGAUCUUUGUGGCGGGGCCGCGUUGCAGUAGCCCACACGCGGAUGGGGCCGAAAUGGGUACACACAUCCACAAGGCCUGCUGCGUCGUCAGCUAAUGCGCUGACUUUUGUGCGCCGCUAUCUCGCUGGCUUCUUUGCAUGCAUAACAGAGUCAGAGACUAUCCCUGAAGGAAAUCCGCUGGCGGAUACCAUCCGGGCGGGUUGUGCGGCCGGCGGCCGUGUUGUUGUAUGAGUUCAAAAAAUUUUUUUUGAUUUGGGGAAAACCGGGGUAUUGGGGACAGUUUUACCUAACGUACAUCAAGGCCCAGCCUCCGCUGCAGUGGGGCGACGGUCCGAUCAUGCUCGUUCUGGCUCCGACCCGCGAGCUCGCCAUGCAGAUCCAAUCGGAAGCCGAUAAGUUCGGCAAGAUGAGUAAUGUGAGAAACACCUGCGUCUACGGAGGUGUCGCCAAGGGACCCCAGAUCCGGGACUUGAGACAUGGGCGGGAAAUCGUCAUUGCCACACCGGGACGAUUGAUCGAUCUGAUUGACAUUAAGGUAUUGCAAGAACUACACCAGGGAGAAUUUACCAUUUGUUACUCGUCCGUUUUAGUUGCCCUAACAUGAUAAUGAUUUUUUGCAGGUCAUUGUCAUUCGUGUUUUUGUAAUAAGAAGUACAACUACACAUCAUCUGGAACAACAAGCUCCUUGGAUAAUCGUAUCAGCUCGGUGGAUGAGAAUUUGAAUUUGUCUGCUUGAAACAAUCCACAGGUAACCAACUUGAAACGUGUCACCUAUUUGGUUCUCGACGAGGCCGACCGCAUGCUGGACAUGGGAUUUGAAGACCAGGUAUAGAUGAUUUAUUUUCUACGGUUUUUCCUUUUGCUGUUUUACGCGCAUGAUAAAUUUCCUUAUGAAUUAUACCGUACUAAAUUCCAGAUCCGCACCAUCUGUGGGCAACUGCGACAGGACCGGCAGACCCUGCUGUGGUCCGCCACCUGGCCGAAGGAGGUGCAGUCCCUGGCCCGCGACCUGUGCAAGGAACAGCCGAUCCACGUGAACAUCGGGUCAACGGACCUGAAGGCCAACCACCGGAUCAAGCAGGUCGUCGAGAUCUUCCCGGGCAUGGAGACCGAGCCGGCGCGGCUCAGCCGGUUGUUCGAACUGUUGACGGAUUUGCCCAUGGGCAAGAAGCUGAUUUUCUCGCAGACGAAGCGCGGUGCGGACUUGCUCUGCCGCGAGGUCCGGCGACACGGCAUGGUGGCGCAGUCCAUCCACGGCGACAAGCGACAGGAGGAGCGCGACUGGGCACUGGCCGAAUUCAAAAACGGCAGAACACCCAUCCUCAUCGCGACGGAUGUGGCGGCCAGAGGUACUUAUGUUUUGGGAUGUUAUUGUUCUGAAUUUUUGUUUUGCAGCGACUAUCUUUCUAUGGCGGUAGCGUGGCCGGCUGUAUGAUAUUUUUAGGGUCUUUUCCUAGGUAAAUAGCAAAGUUAUGCUUGCAGUUGCACCGUAGCGCUAGCUCCCGAAGAACGACCAUGGAGGCGGCAAGGGGUUUAGGAUUUUGCGACGGUAAUGAAUUUGCAGUUCGCAAUAGUAGAAGCACAAGCAACCCGUUGCAACUAAAAGUACCAAAAUUCCUCCGGUGAUGGUGUUCGUCGUCAGCGUCACCAUAACCAUUAAUUUUUUACAGCUUUUGCAUUAUAUCUACGCAUCCUACCAAAAAUCCUCAGGUAUUGACGUGAAGGACAUCCAGGCGGUGAUCAACUUCGACUUCCCCUCUUGUAUCGAGGACUACGUGCACCGCAUCGGGCGAACCGGUCGCGGGGGCGCGGACGGACUGGCGUUUUCCUUUUUCACGAUCGUAUGAACUGCAAAAGUAUCGUACUAGUAUAAACUGCAUUAGAAAUUAGCCCAGCAUUACAAAUUAAAUUUGUGAUGCUGAUUUACCUUGAGAAAGAGAUUUGUAAUGCAUAAAUGCAAUUACUACGAGUGCGAUACUUUUGCACAGGAUAGAUCGACGACAAGGGCAAGAUGGCAAAGGACCUCUACAACAUCCUGGUAUGAAAUGCAAAUAUGUCUGGGUCUGGAAGAAUGCAAGAUUUGUCAUGCAGGUUUUCCAUGACCCAUGAGGUCAGGAAUGCGAGACCCAGCAUGACAGAUUCUUUGAGGUCUCUAUCAUGCCUUUCCUGCAUGAGAGACUCCCUCUCAACUUGGUCAAAAGCGGGCAGCUUUUGGAGGUACUCACGCAGCACAGAUUUUUGCAUCAUUCAGAUUCAGCAUGACAACUUCUAAUCUUCCAGACCCAGACAUUUUUGCACUUGAUACCUCGUGGAGGCAAACCAAGAAAUCCCGGACGGCUUAGCGGAACAGGUGCAGAAGUUCAGCCGGUUUGGUGGCGGUGGGGGGAACCACAAAGGGAAGGGCAAGAUGAAGAAGGGGUUCUUCGGAGGCGGAAAGGGCUCGUUUAACCGAAUGGGAAACAAGGGGGGCAAGUUCUAGACGAUUUCUUGAAUCUGUUCGACGAUAGUAGUUGUGUGCCUACUAUUAAUUGUGUAAGUUCAGAUUUGAUAUUCCUCUAGAUGAUGAAUCGCAUCAACAUGAUGUGGACAUUCCCAUUGUUGACAAAAAGUAUUUAGAAAACGAAAACGAAUGACGUCGGACAAAUGACCGCGAAGAGCAAGGUCGAGCUUGUAUCUCUCUCAGCUGUGAUUGCUCCUGCUCCUUCGCUUGAAGAGUUGUCAAGGGCUAUUGCGGCUGAGACGAAGAGCGAGAACUUCCAUUUUGGUAACGAACCAUGUAAACCACGAGCUUUUUUUUUCAACAAGCAUCAGAAGGCGAAGAUUAGGCUGAGCUGCUGCGAACAACUUUUUUUUUCAAUUUCUGAAUUUCACGAAAGACCCUAGCUUUGACUCUAUUAAAAUACAAAUAGCACAUCAGGUGAGCUACAAGGAGUAAUCAAACUGUUUCUAUUGCUAAAAGAGGACAAACGUGACAAAAAAUCUUCGGAGGACAAGUAUCAAGAAAUUAUCGCAAAAAGCUCGAUCCAUUGAGCAGUAGAGUAUUUAUUAUCGUUUGAAUAGACACAAAUCUUGUACUGGAAAAAACUUGAGUUUAGAAGUUAUCGAAAAUAGGAAUACGAAUACGCGUUCGCCGCGGGACCAACACCCCACCACGCUGGAGCAGCGCUUAUCGCAGAACUAGUUUAUCGAACAUUUACGCUGUUUCAGAGUAGCAGGGCCGCUGUGCUAAGACUUUAUUGAUUUGAUAUAAGAAUAUGCUAUCAACAAAAUUUUCACUGGCUGUCUGUUUCCUACUUCAGGGGCAACAAAAAACAACUAACCCACCUCAGCAGGAAAGAUACGCUUCAGGGUUGCCAUAGAAUCACUGAAGUAGAGAGCAACGGCCAGACCGCAAAAACAUUUCUGAAGUUAGAUUGUUUAGUUUUAGCAGAGCUGUUUACAACGAAGAAGUUCAGGCCGCGCGCGAUUUAAGGUUCUUUCAUCUCGUCUGCACUCUUGCGCUUGUUUUUACAGCGCAGGUUUCCAGCGAAUCAGAACCGUUCUUGUGGCGGCUCCAUAAAUUGAUAGGAUUUGUUUAACAUCGGGAUGGGAGGCAUGAAUGAACCGAAGACGUAGAGGCUUUUCGCACCGUCUCCGAGGACUUCGAAAAGAACAACAGCAUCAUUUUUUCCGUGGAUGCAAAAACCUAGUCACAAAUCUCGGCAAGCUUCUCACUGUGCUAGUAGAGCCCUCGAUGGAAAGAUGCGGCGACAGAGGACAAAUCAACCGCUAGAUGCCGCAAACAAGCCGAUAGCGAUUGUAAAAAGCAGCAGCAUGGCGGCUUCGUUUCUAUAGUCUGCUUUCUGUAGUAGCUUCUCAUUUCUUGAUGAGAACAGGAAGUGGGUCGUAGCCACGGCGGCAGUAUGACUUUCUAGCCUAGGUGAAGUGUUUUGAGAUUCUGAUUGGUUUUUGCUGCCAUUUUCAUUACACAUAUUUUCCUCAGCUUUGCUUUUUUAUCUGCAGGAGCGGGACUUCUCAAGUGGAGCACGAGAAGUAUCGUGAACAAGAAUUGUACACCAAGUCAACGCGUUUGGAUAAACUAUUUUUUAUUUUUACGAAUGUUAGGACACGUCGACGCAAAGUCACAGGUCAACCUUCAAAUUUUAGGGCACGCUUUUUUCAUCAACACAACAGAAAAUGAAAAACGCAACAAGAAGACCCAAAAAUAAUAUAGCAGUCUACGUCCAUCGUGGAAAAGGGAAACAAAAACCACGCUGCUCCAUGAUAAUUUGCAUGUUGAAGUUACAUGAUUCGAGUAAAAAAAAAACAAACAGGCUCUCGGACUCUCGACAGGAUUCUCGAGUGUCAGUAGAGUUUCAUAGUGAAGUAGUUUUCAACCGUUAUUUCUGUUUCGACUGUAUAAAACCUGUAUCUAUAUUUCGUCAAGAACAGCACAAGUAGUGUCGGACAAGUUCAAACAAGGAGGCUGCUACAACUUCUAAAGCUCCACCACCGCGCUCCCGGGAAGCUGUAUUGGCUCACCCUGUGGCGCUUGUUGGGUCGCGGCAAUAAUGUUGAAAAAAAUGUAAAUCAUUUUGGUGAUGUCGUGGUCCCAAAAAGCUGAUGACAGAGCAUUGUGGUUCUGCUUCUGCCACCGGGGGCCAAAAAAGAAAAAACCAACGAGGUUAGUAGAACUACUACGCAUUCUUGCGGCGAGUAAGUACUGACUUAUGCUUAUCUGAGCUCCCGUUACUGGUCAUUGGAAUGAGACGGACACGAUUCACCUCGCUCCAUCAAGAGUGUGGUUUCGUGUAUGACCUGCAACGCGGCUGGAGUCUUGUAGGUCAAGAAAGUAGGCAGAAAUAGGAGUGGUUCAAAAACAACGGCAACAGAUGGAGAGCAGGCAUGAUCUCGCCCAUACACAUACUACUUUCACGGCUACUUAGAUUAAUAUUAUACCGCAGUAGUAUCAGCAUCUAUUUGGCAGUUACGACGGCGCGGUGGGUGCCCUAAUGGGACAGCCGGUGCGGUGAUCACAGCAUCAUUUUUUUUUUGUGACUUGUUUUUGUGUGCGCGACCCCGCCUGUGUUUAUGUAUUCAUGUUUCCGUUUCCGAGUACUGAAGCACGCAGCAUCAUGUACAACUCUACUUGUGAAACUUCAACACUAUAAUUUAUCAUGAUUUUGACAGCAAAAGAAUGUAUGGAAAGGCGUAGCACUACUACAACUCUAUUCUUGUUUCAAUGAGCCUGAAUGUUGACUAAUUUCGACAACUAAGACGAGCUAUGUUUGAAAUGACACUGCGACUAUACGAAGAAAAUUGUCGCUCUGUAGUACUCCUGCUAUUUUCUUACCAAUUCUAUGCGCAAUUGUGCAGAAGGCAAGAUUCUAUGCGCAACGCACAGUACUAGACCAAAUACAAAUAGCAAGGGUAGGUUCUUUAGCGAUAUUUUUCAGAAGGAGUCGAAUAUUUUGAUAUAGAGAAUGAGAAACGUGAAGAACAAACGCGAUGAAAUCCAAAGUAAAGCAAGCUGCAGGAGAAUCUUUCCAUCAAUAUCGAAUGAAUCCUUCGAAGACACUCUACCACCUUCUAGCACCUUCGCUUGAAUUUAUUCGAAUACUUUGUUUAACAGAGCGCUGCUGCUGCAAUCACACAGAAAUAUUGAGGAAAAAACCAAGUUUUCAAAAACAACUUUUGCCCGCUGGCACAGCUCCUUUUCAUAUUCUUUAAAGGAGGAGAAGAAAGAAAGUGAAAAAUGAAGGCGGGUGAAAGUAGAAACCUUGAAAAGUAAAAGUAAAAAAAUGGUUGCAGUAGUCAGCACAGCAAGAAGAGCAUCGCUACUCGAACUACACUUAGAGAUGAUAGUAUCGCGCGAUAAGUUUAAGUAGGAUGAAAUAAAGUUCGAAUAGAUAAGCAAGCGAGAUAAAAAAAAGACGUCAAAGAAGGUAGAACUACAUCAAAUGGCGCACUGAAAAGAUGAAAAUAGAAAACUACUCAUCCCCUGAUGUUAUGAUCUAGCAAAUAAACCAAUCGCCAAGGUGUAGUGCUGGCGGUUAGUUUGGAUUCCGGACGUCGGAUGAGAGCCGCGGUCCUUCUAAAAUCAAGAACGCAAAGAUUUGUGGCGAAUUCAAAUUUUAUCACAAAAAUCUCAAACAGUCCAGAAGAAACCAAGUAGGGGCGACUACUUGUACUCGG